AUGAGAUUCGUUUGCACAAUAUUCGUGAUCUCGUACCUAUUGAGUCUGGUUUCAGCUGGAGAUUAUUUUGCUCAACUCAAAGCGCCGUUCACAGCAGAUGAUCUGUUCAAACAGGACGACUCCAUCAAGGCAACUCACCAUGUGAGAGACUCCAUCAAAAGCCGGAUCUCAUUUGGCGGGUUUGAAGGGUUCUCUGGAAAAUUUGAAGAUGAUGUUCUUCAGAGGCUACUGUCGAAUCCUCUAGUUGCCAAGGUCACACCCGACAUCGUUGUAAACGCCCUACAUAUAGAUCAACAGACUGACGCUCCCAAGCAUCUUGCCAGACUUUCUCAGGAAGGCCCAGUUUCGAAGAAUCCAGAUUCAAGGGCUUACUGUUUCGACUCGGAGCAUGAGGGAGAGGGCGUUACCGCCUAUGUUGUUGAUACUGGUGUCAACACCGACCAUCCCGAGCUCGAGGGAAGAGCAGUUUCUGGUCCCAACUUUUCAGCUUCUGAAAACUGUAAUGAUAAGGUGGGUCAUGGAACACACGUUGCCGGUCUGAUAGGCUCAAAGACUUACGGCGUGGCCAAAAAGAUCAACAUCGUCUCCAUCAAGGUUCUGGAUGAUGAAGGUUCAGGAACACUCUCUUCAGUGAUUGGUGGUUUGGAGUUUGCCGUAAAACACAGGCAAGACAGUGGAAUGCCCGGAGUGGUGAAUCUUUCGUUGGGAGCAUAUAAGAAUGUGGUUUUGGACGAAGCUGUAAUGGCCACCUACAAGUCAGGGAUGGUCGUUGUGGUAGCUGCUGGAAACAACAACAUAGAUGCAUGCAACACUUCUCCCGCGGGUUCGCCAUUUGCAAUCUCUGUUGGGGCAAUUGAUGACACCAGCGACAAGAUUGCUCCCUUCUCAAAUUGGGGGCCAUGUAUAAACGUGUUUUCCUCGGGCAUCGCGGUUGAAAGUCUUUGUGGAAAGAAUGAAGAGUCCCCCACAAACUUGUCGGGCACCUCCAUGGCUUCACCAGUGGUUGCCGGACUUGCUGGAAUUUUACUGGACAAGGGUGUUGAUUACAAGGAUGUUGCCUACCAUAUCGAUGAGAUGUCAAUCAGGGGAGUGAUUCCGAAAAACUCAUUGGUAAUGAGAAGAGGGAGCCCCAACAAGGUCGCGAGCAAUGGCAUCAGGUGUUACUGA